AUGAGCCAGAAAGAAGAAGAAAUGGAAGAUAACUCCCCACCGCUGUACUCCACCUGUGGCCAAGCGCACUUACCGGAAGAAAACCACUUGUACAGCUACACCGAAGAAGUGGAUGAUGAUCUGAUAUGCCACAUUUGCCUGCAACCUUUGCUUCAGCCGUUAGACACGCUCUGUGGUCACACCUUCUGCACAGCCUGCCUUACAAACUUCCUCGUGGAGAAAGACUUCUGCCCCAUGGACCGCAAGCUUGUGAUUCUCCAGACGUGCAGGAAGUCCAGCAUACUCGUGAAUAACCUCCUGGACAAGCUAAUGGUUAGCUGCCCUUUCACAGAACACUGCUCGGAGGUCGUGCAACGUGGGCACCUCGAACAGCACUUCCAAACCCAAUGUAAAGGAGCAUCCCACUAUGGCCUUACCAAGGAACGGAAAAGGCGUUCCCAAGACUGCUCUCCAGACCAUGGCUCCAGCUUAGCAGUGGCUGCCCUGGGCCCCGAGCUCUCGGCAGCUGCGGCCAUCGCCUUAAUGACAGAUGAGCCAGGGCUGGUGAACCCAGCCUUUAGCCCCACCUCGGAGGACAGCCAGUCAGGCAGCAGCCCUGGAGACCUGCAUCGCAGCAACCGAAACAGAACUCGACACUUUGAACGCUCCACUAUAAGAAGCAGAUCUUUUAAAAAAAUAAACAAGGCGUUCAGUGUUCUUCGAAGGACAAAAAGUGGAAGCGCCGUUUCCAACCAGGUUGACCGGGAAAGGGAGACUGUUGGAAACUCUGCUGCUGGAGAAGAAGGUAUUCCCAGGUUGUAUCACCUGAUUCCAGAUGGGGAAAUUACCUGCAUUAAGAUCAACCGUACCGAUCCCCAUGAAAACUUGGCCAUUAGGAUUGUGGGAGGCAGUGAGACUCCUUUGGUUCACAUUAUUAUACAGCAUAUUUAUCGAGAUGGAGUAAUUGCCAGAGACGGAAGGUUGCUGCCUGGAGACAUGAUACUAAAGGUAAACGGCAUGGACAUCAAAAAUGUGCCUCACAACUACGCCCUGUCAAUCCUGAAGCAACCCUGCCACGUGCUCCGACUGACGGUGCUCCGAGAGCAGAGGUACCGAUGCCGAAACAGCGGACUUUCCCUCGAUGCUCACUGCAACAGGGAUGACAGUUUCCACAUUGUGCUGAACAAAAGCAGUCCGGACGAGCAGCUGGGGAUAAAGCUGGUCCGCAAGGCCGAUGAACCGGGGGUAUUCAUUUUCAACUUGCUGGAAGGCGGUGUGGCUGCCCGUGAUGGUCAGCUUCAGGAGAACGACCGUGUCUUGGCCAUCAAUGGGCACGACCAUCGGUAUGGCAGUCCCGAGAGUGCGGCCCAGCUGAUACAGGCCAGCGAGAAGCAGGUUCACUUUGUCGUAUCGCGGCAGACCAGGCAGCAGACCCCCGACAUCUUGCAGGAGACAGGAUGGAGUUAUGGCGGCAGCAACCACCAGCCCUGUCCCGGCGAGAGAAACAACCCUGGCAAGAGCACCCUUCACGCCGUCACCUGUCACGAGAAGGUGGUGGCUGUCCGGAAAGAUCACACGGAAUCGCUGGGAAUGACUGUAGCAGGCGGAGCAUCUAACCGGGAAUGGGAUUUGCCUAUCUACGUGAUAAGUGUCGAGCCUGGAGGAGUUAUCAGCAGAGACAGCAGGAUAAAAACAGGUGACAUCCUCCUGAAUGUGAAUGGGAUUGACUUAACAGGGGUCAGCCGGAGCGAGGCCGUCGCCCUGCUGAAAAACACCAACUCCUCCGUGGUGCUCAAAGCCCUGGAGAUGAGAGCGUGCGAUGCCCAGGAGGAGCGGGGCCAGCCACCACCCCCCGAGGCCACGCAGGCAACCUCAGAGAGCAGCGAGUGGUCACCUUCCUGGGUCAUGUGGCUGGGGCUGCCCCGGUAUUUGUACAGCUGCAAAGAAAUCGUAUUACGAAGAAAUACAUCUGGAAGUCUGGGCUUCAGCAUCGUAGGAGGUUACGAAGAACACGCCGGGAACAAACCAUUCUUUAUCAAAUCCGUUGUGGCAGGAACACCAGCAUAUAACGACGGCAGAAUUCGAUGUGGUGACAUCCUCCUCGCUGUCAACGGCAGGAACACAUCGGGAAUGAUGCAUGUCUGCUUGGCAAGGAUGCUCAAAGAACUGAAAGGCAAAAUUACUCUCACAAUUGUGUCCUGGCCUGGCACUUUUUUAUAAAACAAGUCAUCGUGGAGAGUAUGACAAGUAACUUAACACAGGAAAAAAACCCCAAAAGCAAAGGAACAUCAGUCUUCAUUUUUUUGGGGUGUCAAGUAUGUGUUUAUAAGGAAAAGGUUUGUGAAAUUUCAACCUGCAUGUCAAGAAAAGUCAAGUUUAGGUAAAGCAGGGACACAUGUCAGAAAAUCGCUUCAGUGAUGUGAGCUACAGACUUGAGUCUUUCCUCCCCCGUGUUUUCAAGGGUUUUUUGUUGGGUUUUUUAUAUAUAAAUAUUUAAUGCAUUAUUAUAAUAUUGAAAUGUAAGGAGCAGCAGCUCCUGCUCACCCACUUUAUUUUGAUUUACAGAAAGAAAUCCUUGAGUAACUUAUGGAAAAAAAAUUUCUUGCAAUUUUUCUAGUUGCAAAAAUCAGGUGAAGGUUUUUAUCCAACACGUGAAUAGCACUUUGAUUACGUGUACCUUUUCAUGGUCAGCAUGAAGCUGGUAUUUUCAAGACUUUCAAGUACUGUUUGUUAGUCUGUAAAACUGUGAAUUAAAUUUCUAAAAUAAUUAAAAAUAACUGUAACUGU